AUGUCAAAGGAUUUGAGUUCAGCAGCCGCUGUCGUGUCAGGCAAGGACAUAGAGAAGCCCCAGGCUGAGGUUUCACCCAUCCACCGCAUCCGUAUCACAUUGACAUCCCGCAAUGUGCGCUCCCUUGAGAAGGUCUGCGCUGAUCUGAUCAACGGUGCCAAAAAACAAAAACUGCGUGUUAAGGGCCCAGUCCGCAUGCCAACCAAGAUCCUCCGCAUCACCACCCGUAAGACCCCUUGUGGUGAAGGUUCCAAGACUUGGGACAGGUUCCAGAUGCGAAUCCACAAGCGUGUGAUCGACCUGCACUCUCCCUCUGAGAUCGUGAAGCAGAUCACCUCCAUCAACAUCGAGCCUGGUGUAGAGGUGGAAGUUACGAUUGCCGACGCGUAG